GUCCUCCAUGGCUAAAUAUCCCCUCCCCCAUCCGUUCCUGCAGGGAGAGAGGAGGCUGCUUUCUUCUUUCUCCUUUGCAAAAGCCCCUCCUGGACUCGGGGUCCAGUGUGCUUUGAAGACGUAGCUGUUCCUUUCACAGAGGAGGACUGGGCUUUGCUGGAUCCUGACCAGAGAGCUCUGCAGAAGGAAGUCAAGGAGGAGAAUCGUGGGAUCGUGGCCUCUCUGGACCCUGCAGCUUCUUUUGGCUCCUCGACUCUUCAGGAAGGAUGAGUGAGACGGAUCCUGUCAAGCUAGAGGAGAUGGAAGAGGGAAGAUGGACGGAUGACCUAGUCAGGUUGUCUCCUGCAUCCCUCCCCACAACCUCUGAGCAUUCCCUCCCGGGGACCUCCGAGAGAUCUGGACCCUGCAGCUUCUUUUGGCUCCUCGACUCUUCAGGAAGGAUGAGUGAGACGGAUCCUGUCAAGCUAGAGGAGAUGGAAGAGGGAAGAUGGACGGAUGACCUAGUCAGGUUGUCUCCUGCAUCCCUCCCCACAACCUCUGAGCACUCCCUCCCAGGGACCUCCGAGAGAUCUGACAAGGCGUGGACGUUGCUGGAUCCUGACCAGAGAGCUCAGCAUAAAGAGGUCAAGGAGGAGAAUCGUGGGAUCGUGGACUCUCUCAAUGGUGAUAAAUUAGAAGGGAAGAACAAGGGGGAGCACAACAGAAUCCACAUAGUGGAGAAGUCAUAUAAAUAUUCAGAGUGUGGAGAGAAGAUCCGUCAGAGCUCCCAUGACACCUCCCGUCAAAGAAAGAGCUUCAUUCGAAGGAAUAGCCUCACUUCACACGAAAGAACACAGAGUAGGGAGAAAUCGUAUCAGUGCUUGGAGUGUGGAAAGAACUUCAAUCGGAAGGAUAGUCUCACUUCCCAUCAAAGAAUUCAUACAGGGGAGAAACCCUAUCAGUGCUUGGAAUGUGGGAAGAGCUUUCGUCUGAGUGGUGAACUCACUUCCCAUCACAGAAUUCAUACAGGGGAGAAACCCUAUAAGUGCUUGGAAUGUGGAAAGAGCUUUCGUCUGAGUGGUCAACUCACUUCCCAUCAAAGAAUUCAUACAGGGGAAAAACCCUAUAAGUGCUUGGAAUGUGGAAAGAGCUUUCGUCUGAGUGGUCAACUCACUUCCCAUCAAAGAAUUCAUACAGGGGAAAAACCCUAUCAGUGCUUGGAGUGUGAAAAGAGCUUCAAUCGGAAGAGUAGUCUCACUUCCCAUCAAAGAAUUCAUACAGGGGAGAAACUCUUUCAGUGCUUGGAAUGUGGGAAGAGCUUCAGUCAGAGGGUCCAUCUCACUUCUCAUCAAAUAAUUCAUACAGGGGAGAAACCCUAUCAGUGCUUGGAAUGUGGAAAGAACUUUCGUCUGAGUGGUGAACUCACUUCCCAUCAAAGAAUUCAUACAGGGGAGAAACCCUAUCAGUGUUUGCAAUGUGGGAAGAGCUUCAGUCAGAGGGGCCAUCUCACUUGCCAUCAAAGAAUUCAUACAGGGGAGAAACUCUUUCAGUGCUUGGAAUGUGGAAAGAGCUUCAAGCAGAAGGAUAGUCUCACUUUGCAUCACAGAAUUCAUACAGGGGAGAAACCCUAUCAGUGCUUGGAAUGUGGAAAGAGCUUCAGUUACAGCGCCCGUCUCACUUCCCAUCAAAGAAUUCAUACAGGGGAGAAACCCUAUCAGUGCUUGGAAUGUGGAAAGAGCUUCAGUUACAGCACCAAUCUCACUUCCCAUCAAAGAAUUCAUACAGGGGAGAAACUCUUUCAGUGCUUGGAAUGUGGGAAGAGCUUCAGUCGGAGGGCCCAUCUCACUUGCCAUCAAAGAAUUCAUACAGGGGAGAAACCCUAUCACUGCUUUGAGUGUGGAAAGAGCUUUCGUCUGAGUGGUGAACUCACUUCCCAUCAAAGAAGUCAUACAGGGGAGAAACCCUAUCACUGCUUUGAGUGUGGAAAGAGCUUUCGUCUGAGUGGUGAACUCACUUCCCAUCACAGAAUUCAUACAGGGGAGAAACCCUAUAAGUGCUUGGAAUGUGGGAAGAGCUUUCGUCUGAGUGGUGAACUCACUUCCCAUCACAGAAUUCACACAGGGGAGAAACCCUAUCAGUGCUUGGAGUGUGAAAAGAGCUUCAAUCGGAAGGAUAGUCUCACUUCCCAUCAAAGAAUUCAUACAGGGGAGAAACUCUUUCAGUGCUUGGAAUGUGGGAAGAGCUUCAGUCAGAGGGCCCAUCUCACUUGCCAUCAAAGAAUUCAUACAGGGGAGAAACCGUAUCAGUGCUUCGAAUGUGGGGAAAGCUUUCGUGUGAGUGGUGAACUCACUUCCCAUCACAGAAUUCAUACAGGGGAAAAACCCUAUCAGUGCUUGGAAUGUGGGAAGAGCUUCAGUCAGAGGGCCCAUCUCACUUGCCAUCAAAGAAUUCAUACAGGGGAGAAACCCUAUCAGUGCUUGGAAUGUGGGAAGAGCUUUCGUCAGAGUGGUGAACUCACUUCCCAUCAAAGAAUUCAUACAGGGGAGAAACCCUAUCAGUGCUUGGAAUGUGGAAAGAGCUUUCGUCAGAGUGGUAAACUCACUUCCCAUCAAAGAAUUCAUACAGGGGAAAAACCCUAUAAGUGCUUCGAAUGUGGGAAGAGCUUUCGUCUGAGUGGUGAACUCACUUCCCAUCAAAGAAUUCAUACAGGGGAGAAACCCUAUUAGUGCUUGCAAUGUGGGAAGAGCUUCAGUCAUAGCACCAAUCACACUUCCCAUCAAAGAAUCCAUACAAGAGAGAAAACGGUUUAGUGUUUGAAAUGUGGGGAAAGAUUCAUUCAUGGCCCACCAAAUAAUUCAUACGGGGUUGAAAGCAUAUCAGCACAUGGAAUGUGUAUAAAAUUUCACUUGUUAAAAAGUCAAUUUAAGAUCUCACACCAGGGUGAAGUAUAGAAUCAUAGAUUCAGAAUCUAGUCCAACCCCUUCCAGAAAUCUCAUUUCAAGCAUCCAUGACAGGUGGCCAUCCAACUUCUUCUUAAAACCCCCCAGUGAAGAUCCAACCCCUUCAGAGAGAGUUCC